UUUGUUCAAAAGACUGAAAAAAGACUUAUGAGAGCAAAAUUCAAGCAAUCGCAAUUGUUUCAUUUACACAAUUCUCCAACACGCCACAAACAGACCGCCAUCAUUGUAUCGAUCCAUCACCAUGACAAUGCACUCCUUUGGGCAUACAAGCGGCCCGCCGUCUAGUAGAGACGACGAAAUGACAGACCUGCAGUCGCUUCUUGAUAGGAUCCAGCUUGAAGGAAACAGAAACGACCAAUCAGCUGUGGAUGAAGUUGCUGAGAAUCUUCGCGUACGUUUGAACAUACGCGUUGAGGAUGAGCACAUCUUCCAUGCCCUUGCAGCCCAGUUGUUGAAUGUAGAUAUUGGAAAAGACAAUGAUCCUGCUGUACAAUCGAGGAUGAGCUCGGAUAUGCGGAAGGAAUCACAACGUCCUGACUUGACGGCGGCGGAACUUCAAACAACUUGGUCAACGGAAACGACUUCCACGGCAACCUCCUCCUCCUCGUCAGAGAGGAGGGACUCCCCCACGGUUGCCAUGGAAGCACCAUCUAGUGAUUCUGGCAAUUCGAAAGAAAGCAUAGACCGUGGAAGAUCCCCGAGAGAAGGCUCCAGCUUCACAGCACAGCAAUCAAACGGCGCUAGAGUUCACCAGCGUGCUUCAUCGCCCGCAUUUCAUGGAAUUUUCAGCGGUGGAGAGAAGGAAGCGUCUUCCCAAAGCCCCGCAAACACUCAAACUCAGUCUCGCAGCAAUAGCGGUACCAAUAGGGGAAGAAGUGGGUCCAAUCUCAAACCACCGAUGAGCCCAUAUCCUUCUCCACACAAUGAUUCCUUUGGUUCAUCGUUGCCGGCAACUCCUUUUACUCAGGCUCACCCAGGACAACACCAGUCGCCAGCUGCAGGCUCUUCUCGCUCCUUCACGGAAUCAAUGCCCGGUCAAACCAAUGAACCAGUGGAGAGAGAGCCCGAAGCUAGUCGGCCAAAGGAGGCGCGGGGACGAUCCAGGAGCCCGUAUCGAUUUUGCACCAGAUCGAAAGACACGCCUCCCAAAACUCGUAGUCAAAGUGUCCCCAGGAGUGUGUCGCCAUUUCGUCGUGGGUUUUCGCCGAGCCGUUUCUUUGGCUCCAGCAAAAAGGAAGAAAUGAAAGUUGACACUUCCAUUGACCUUGCUGCAGGGGCCGGACAGUCCGUGAAUGAGACGCAGUCAAAAGAAGUAGAAAUCCCCAAAUCUUCUCCGCUGAAGACUCCUUUGUCGCAGAUGACAUCGUUGGGUUCCGACUUUAUGACUGGGAAAGGGAAGCAGAGGCGCAAACUUGAUGAACCCACAGCGACUGCAGCUGUUUCAACGGCGGCUUCUGCAGAAGUGGCUGAAGGCGUUGCUGCGGAAGCGACUUCCGCGAGUUUUGGGCCUCCUCCAGUGGCUGGAUUCAGCCUCGGGACCAAGCCAUCAAGAGAGCGCAAUGGCGGCCGCAAAAAGCCUUCUUCGCGCAAAGUAGUCACGCCGGUGCCGAACAACGCUAGCAUACCGACUGAGCCUGUGCCGAGUCCGAUGGACACAGACAAACAAUUUGAUGGCGAUGCCACUGAGCAACAGCAAACGGCUGAGUUCGGCAUCAACAACAUUACGAAGGAGGGCAGCAGUGGUUUUAGUGUGGGCAUUGUGGAUCCCGCGCAGAAGUCAAAUCGGAAGGGCAAAGGAAAGGUCGUCCGCGGUCAAUCCAAACGCAAAAGCGACAAACCCCAAAAUGGUCCAGCAGACACGGCUCCUCAAACAACACGAGACCAAUCAACCAUCGCGAUGGAAGUCGGACAUAUCAAAACACUCCGCGACAACGCCCGCACAUCAUUUGAGAAGAGCGAUUAUCGGGCAUCGAUAUCAUGGAAUACAAAAGCAAUCACUGCGUAUUCAACACUCGCACCAGGGCGCUUGCCGCGUGAUUGCCUUGCAGUGUUGUUGGCAGAUCGAGCGGAGGCGUAUCUAAUGAUCAAGGCAGUGGACGCGUCAGUGUUCGACUGCAAAACCGCUUUGGCACAUGUUACCCCUGCUCAGUCUGCUUCGCCGUUGAUGUCGACAGACAGUGGCCCUGUGCUCCAAGCUCGACUGCACAUACUCUUUGCAAAAGGGCUGCUGCUUGCGGGAAACGCACAUGGAGCUGACCAACAAUAUGAUCUUGGAAUCGCCAUGUCGGAGCAUGCGUUGUCCGUCUCCUCACGGUACCAGUGUCUUGAAGAUGUUGGCAAGGUCAAAGCUACGCUGGCAAGAAUCCAAGCCGAUGGCGCCUUGGGCAAAUCAGAUGUUUCCCAGUUCAAGCAGUUGUCAGAGAAGCUUGCUUCUUACAAUCUUCCUUCUCUACAGGCAAGCAGACCUUGCUUCGAGGAACGCAGGCAAUUCGUCGAUGCCCUUGGUACAAUCACUACGGCGCUACUGCUAGCUCCAUGCAAUCUCGAGUUGCACGAGAGAAAGGUGGCUUUGCUGGCAAGCCUGCGGAGAUGGCGAGAAGUAGCAAGCCAUUGCGAACGUUUGGCUGUGGUUGCCCUGUCGUUGGAAGAUAUAUCUGAGAGAGACAUCCGGUUUAGAAACUCAUUGAAGAAUUUGCCGGGCGUGAAAGAGUUGUCCGCUUUUUUCUUUGGAGAUCCCAAUCAACAGGACUUCAAGAUCAAGGACUAUGAGUCAGCAGAAAAGAAGUUGAAUGCAAGGGCCACGGGAGAAGCAGUGCUGCGGCUACCUCGAACACUGAUUCGCAACUACCUCCGCAGCUUGCGAUUGGAGGAGCGCUACCCUGCCGAACAGAAAGCCAUCAAGUCCCUUGAAGUCUACAUUGGCUCAACAGCAGGAAGUCCUCAAUAUCGUCGCCUCUUGAACGAAUUCUCAUGGUUGACGACAGAGUCCCAAAAGUUGGCCAGAACCAAGGAAUGUCGAGAUCGCGGAGACGAGCUCUUCAACAAUCAAGACCAUACCCUGGCCGCCGCGCAGUACGCCCGAUGCUUGAAAAUCGACGCAGAAGGAGAACGCGAUGGCGGUGACAGUGGUGGAGGUCGACUGCACGCCGUUCUUCAUUGCAAUCGCGCAGCUUGUUUCAUGGCGCUCAACAAUUUUGAAGAAGCGGUUCAAGAAUGCACUGCAGCUCUUCGCGUUCACAAUCGAUACAUGAAAGCAAUUCUGAGGCGAGCCAGAUGCCAUGCACGGCUGAAUCGAUUGGAAGAAGCAGUAGCCGAUUGUGAGAGGUACUUGGAGCUUGUAAACGAGGCAAAAAGUUCGCCCAAUUCGUGUGCUGCGUUUAUUAGUCCGUGCUUGUUCGACGGGCCUCGUCGAGUCAGCCAGGAUGACAUCAACCAGGUACAACAUGAACUUGCGGAGAACAAAAAGAAGCUACAACGAAAAGAAAAUGCAGCCAGAGAAGAAGCCAGCUAUCGUGGCGAACGUCAACGAUUCCACGACGCCUACGCCGAUGCACAUCGAAGGAGAGAAAAUUGGUACAACCAACAGGGGCCCAGUGGAAGUCGUCGUUGGGAUUCUUUCAAUCGAGAAAACGGAACGAAGCGUAGUCCCCGACAAAAGAAUCCAAGACAACCACAAUCCAACGCCGGCUCCACCAGAGGAGCAUCACAUGUGGGUGGAUUGAACGCCAUUUCCACCGAAGGCACGCAUUAUUCGACUUUGCAAAUUCCUUUUGGAGCAACUCAAGCGGACAUCAAGAAAGCAUACCGCCAGAUGGCAUUGAAAAGCCACCCGGAUAAGGGAGGCGAUGCUGAUGUUUUCCUUAUGGUGAAUGCAGCCUACCAGUGUUUGAACAGCCCUUCUGCCCGCAGGACUUAUGAUGAAUCUAUUCGUUGGUCUCGUCGUUGAGUGAUUUGACGACCAAAACGACCAAAACGUGCGCCGCAGAGAGUGCCAGGUACCGGUACUGAUGAAAGAGACAAGAGGAUGAACAAAAGAUAGUAAUAUUAUAAAAGAGACGUCUCAACCUUCCUCUGAUGUGCCUCAAUUGCUUGUGGCCAUCCUUGCACUGUACUGGUACUGGUGGUACUAUUGCGUAUACCUGUAGAGGUAAUAGGUACAGGGUUGUAUACAAGACAAUGUCAUGGAAACGGCGACGUCUAGUUGGCCAUGGACGUUUGCCUCCGCCAAGAUGACAAGCUCUGAUCUGGAUGAUACUGGAACCGGUACAGUCCAGACAAACUGCUCGUUCUUGGUUCCUUGUUACUGUACGGCUAAUCCAACCUGGCCAUGCACAUCUCACUCACUUCCGCAAAUAACUUCCCUACUAGCUAGCUAGACCCCCUCUCUAUUUCUCCUCUAAAGCUAUACUGGAAGCUCUACUGGUAUCAUUCUCUUUGUUGAUUGGGAUCUCCAAAGAAAAAAGCGGACAAUGGUGUGUGGUUGGUUAGGUUGAGCAUGGAAUCUUUCUCCUGAAUCCAAAAUGUGUUUUGGUUUACAAUGCAUUGCAAUUAUCAGAUCCAGAUA